AUGGGUUCUAACAUUAGUUGCCGCCAGAAACCGUCGGAAGAAAUCUCCUCCGCCGCCGCUGAAGUCAUCGGCGGCAACGAGGACCUGCUCAUAGAGAUCUUUCUUCGUUUGCCCGCGAAAUCAGUCAUUCCAUUGAAAUUAGUGUCUAAAACAUGGCUCUCCCUCAUCUCCAGUCAUCACUUCUCUCUCCUCUGGCACCGGUACCGACGUAACAAAAUCUCCGGCAUUUUUUUCAACUCUGGAUUAAAAACUGAAAUAAAAUAUAUUCCUCUCAUAGAAUAUAAUAGUAAUAGUAAUGGUGGAGAAAGUAAGUCGUCUCUAGUUGUCGUUCCCAAUAUGCAAACAAGAAUCUUACACUCUUGUAAUGGUUUUCUACUUUGUGUUGAUUCCUUGUCUGGUAAUUACCAAGUUUACAAUCCUACUACCAAGCAAUUCUCUUUUCUUCCCAAGCCUUCUUUCCAUUCUACUGGUGAUAAUUCUCUAUUUUCUUGCGCUAAUAUUGUUGACCGUCUUCUAUAUUUGAGUUUUGAUCCUCUCAAAUCACUUCACUACAAAGUUGUUUUGCUUCAUGAAAUAGUCCACAGGUUGUAUGAAAUACAUAUUUAUUCGUCGGAAACCAGGGCAUGGUGGACUCCGUUUGAUGAUAGUAAUCCUUUCUCCGCACCAGUUGUACUGAACAUCAAUAAUGGAGUCUAUUGUAACGGUUCCAUCCAUUGGUUUUCCUUAUCGUCUAAAGCGACUUCCAUGUAUUUUGACGUUGAUCAACAUAGAUUUUGCCCAAUGCCAUCUCCGCUGUAUGAGGCUCCUUAUAAUUGUCGGCAUUUUGGGGAGUCUAGAGGUCAUUUGCAUCUCACAGAGCACACUAAUUAUGGCUGCUUUAACAUCUCUCAGAUGGAAAGUGAUUACUCCAAGUGGUCAUUGAAGUAUCGGGUGGAGCUUGACGCCAUGGAUGAUUUUGUAUCCCACCAGAAGAUUUGGCCAAAUGUGGUUUAUGUGCUUAGUUUGAUUCAUGGAGAAGAUGGAGAUGUGUUUUUGGUGCGAUUUCUAGGCAGCAAUAUCAUCUUUUCUUACAACAUCAAGGAUAACACCAUUAAAAAGCUGAAUGAUGAAGGAUUCGGUGAUGAGUUUUUUUUGUUUAAUGGUCAUGUCCAUUCAUGUAUCGAGACACUCUAUGCUGUUUGA